AUGGAGUCUCAGCUGGAGGAAGUGGUGCACCGGAUUUACUUAUUUUUCUCACCGCGGAGGCGGUGGGGAGCCAGGGAGUUGGAGAGCAGGGGCUGGGGGUGGGGACAUAAGUGGGUGGGAGACAUCCUGCGCUCGCAGGUCCCUUCAGUGUGGCGCGCCCUACCUGGCCUGUUGUCCCGCGCGUGCCUCCGCCCUAGCGUGCGGAUAGGUGGGUGGGGACAUCCGGAUCUCCUGGGUCUCCGCAGUGCGGUCCGCGUGUCCCCCCGAUCCCCUGCAUGCGUGUGGCAGCGCUUUCUAGCCGGAUCUGGAGGAGGGGAGGAAGCGGCGGCCUUUCCCAAGCUUUGCCAGGUGCCUCCUCAGCCAGCAGGCAAGUUUCCCGGAGUUGGAGGGGCGCUGCAAGCCUUCCCACCCCCUCAGGCCCUCAGCUAUUUUCCUACACCUAGCUCCUGUUCCUGUGCCAGGACCCUCGCCCCACCAGAAGUGUGGUGGCAUGGGGAGAUGUUGGCGGGUGCGCCCUUUCAGAAAAAGCAGGUGCCUUUCCCUCUAAGUACAGGGAAAGGCUGGAAGGCUGGAUCAGACCUGCGGCAGGUGUACAAUAUAAUGAUUCAACAAUUCUACGUGUUCCUUAGUGCUCGCCAUGUGACAAAAGGAAGGAAUUCACCCCAGAAGAAAGAACAAGAUGAAAUGACAGCCAGGGAUUUAAUCAACACAGGUGGACGUAGGUUAGGUGGAGAGGAGAUUCAGGUAGAGAAGAUCCACGUGGACACGUCCUCCUUCAUGGAGGAACUGCCUGGAGAGAAGGAUUUUGCUCAUGUGGUGGAGAUCUACGACUUUGAGCCGACACUCAAGACUGAGAAUCUGCUGGCAGCACUUUCCGAGUUCCAAGAAAAGGGAUUCAAGAUUCAGUGGGUCGAUGACACGCAUGCACUUGGUGUCUUUCCCUGCCUGGCCUCAGCCGCUGAAGCCUUGACCAAGGAUUUCUCUGUGCUCAAGAUCUGGCCCCUCAUGCAGGGAACCAAGCAGUCAAAGCUGAAAGCCUUGCAGAGGCCAAAGCUCCUGCGUCUGGUGAAGAAAGAAGUAUCAUUUGGGGAAGAAAUGUCUUGGGCUUUAAAGAAGUCUGAAACAGAUUCUGAAAUCCUUGAUAGGACCCCAUGGAGAAAUCCAGAUGUCAAGCCACUGAUGUCUACAGCCAAAAGGCAUUAGAGAUCUGAAACCAACUACCAGCCAUAUGAAUGAGGUUGGAAACAGAACUUCCUCCAGGUGACCCUUGACAUACCUGUCGCCCUGUCCAGCAUUUUGAGAAGCUCUCAGACAGAGCAUCUGACUAAGGGAUACUCAGAUUCUUGAACUACAGAGACUGCAAUGUAAUAAACGUUUGUGGUUUAAGAGGCUAAAUUUUAGAGGUGAUUUGUUAAACAACAAUGAAGCCAAUAAACCCAUUAAAAAUGAGUCAAGAAAUAGAAAAUGUGAAGUGGGUUUGGAGAGGAUUAAAUGUAAGUCAGGGACUACUAAAAUUUCCAAAUUAGAAUGGUAUUAUUAUUAGUACUUAAAAUACUUUUCAUAUAAAUGAAGCAUUAACUGUUAAAGAGAUCAGUUGGGUAUAUCAAUGACUUCUCAAUGAAAUAACUAGUUGGAAUAAAAUAAAAGAAUUCACUCAGGGUUCUGGAGGUGAAGAUCAUUUGAGUACC